UUUUGUUUCCUCAUUCUCUUUCGCGAUGGAUGUCCCCGAGCCAGAGCAGACGCCGUUUACGGCUGUGACGGCGCAGACAUCGAAACUUACUAGACAAUAUCAAUCCUAUCUCGAUGCUUCGACACCCUUCACCACUUAUCGCUGGGUCGGCACUGUCGUUCUUCUCCUUGUCUUCUUUUUGAGAAUCGUCCUGGCUCAAGGAUGGUACAUUGUCGCAUACACUUUGGGCAUCUACCUCCUGAACCUCUUCCUCCUCUUCUUGCAACCCAAGUUCGACCCCUCUCUCACCCAAGACGAAGGCCUUGAAGAUGGCGACGCCGCCGCCAGUCUCCCUACUAAGCAAGACGACGAGUUCCGACCUUUCAUCCGCCGUCUUCCUGAGUUCAAGUUCUGGCACGCGGCCACCCGGGCUAUCGCCAUUGGUUUCGUCUGCAGUUGGUUCAGCGUCUUUGAUAUCCCGGUUUUCUGGCCCGUGCUGGUCGUUUACUGGAUUAUCCUCUUUGUCUUGACGAUGCGACGACAAAUCCAGCAUAUGAUCAAGUACCGUUACGUCCCAUUCUCUUUCGGAAAGGCAAGAUACGGUCGAUCAUAAACUACCUAAUGACUCCGAUUAUGGUGAUACGGUGAACACGGUGUCUGUGUGGGAUUGGUCCGUCAGGCCUUCUGUUUGUGCUUCUGUAAUGAAAAGCGGUAGGCACUGGUCCUUGUUAUGGGUUGGAAAUCGCGGAAAGGAAAAGCAACUGAGAGCGAUCCUGGCGGAUUAAUCCCACCCUUUUUCUUUUUUUAUCUCUCGAUUUGAUGAUGACCAUUCGUGAUCUGAAUUCAUGAACUUUUUUGUCUUGUAUAGAGCUUUAGUUGAUCUUGUUUCACCCCCCUUUUUUCAUUUCUCGAUGUACUCAUGUACUAAUAAGAUAAACCAUGUAUGGAUAUGUAUGUCUAUGCCCAGUUGUUCUCAGCUAUGCAGUAGUAUCAGAUAGCUGAAGAAAAGAGAUGAAGAGUAUUCAAGUGCUCUCUUUACUAUACCAUAUACGCUGG